AUGGCGGACAAGAUCUCCACGAUCGUCCUCAAGGUUGACCUUGAAUGCGAGAGAUGCUACAAGAAGAUCAGAAAAGUCCUCUGCAAGAUCCAAGACAAGAUGAACAUCAAGACGAUCUCGUUUGAUGAGAAGAGCAAUACCGUGACGAUCUCCGGGCCGUUCGACGCCGAAAUGGUCUGCAACAAGCUCUGCUGCAAGGCCGGCCGGGUCAUCAAGGAGAUGGACGUCAAGGGCAAGGAGAAGAAGGACGCCGGUAAGGGCAAGGACGGCGGCGGCGAAAAGCCCAAGGACGCCGGCAAGGCCAAGGAGGGCGGCAAGGCCGAGAAGGAGGGCGCCAAGGCGGCGGAGAAGAAGGAAGAGAAGGCCGAGAAAAAGGAGGGCAAGGGCGACAAGGAUGCCAAGCCAGACAAGGCGGAGAAAGGCAACAAGGACGGGAAGGCGGAGGCCAAGAAGGUGAAGUUCGACCUCGACGGUGGGGCCCCCGCGGCGGACGCGAAGCCCGGCAUGACCAAGGCCGACCUUGGCCCGCUCCUGGAGAAGAUGAUGGCGGCCAAGGCCGGGCCAGAGCCGCCGCGCGGCGAGCCGAUCGCGCCGCCGCCGAUGAUGGCGCCGGGCGCCGCGCAGGGCGUGGCCGUGCCGUCCAUCUGGCCCGCGCCCGCCGGGUCCGUGUCCGGAUACGGCUACAACCCGGGCUACGACUACAGCGCUGGCGCUGGCGGGUACGGCUACGGCUACGGCUGCGGCUGCGGCGGCUACAACGGCUACUGCCGGUGCGGCAAGCCGGCCGCGCCCGGCGGCUACUACGGCGUGCCGGUGUACGACAGCCAGGGGUGGUACGGCGGCGGCGGCGGCGGCGCCCGGCAGUCGUACUACCCCCAGCAGCAGCACUGCUGUGAGGACCCCAAUGCCGGGUGCAGCGUCAUGUGA